CCCGGCGCCGGGAGCGCCCGCCGACCCCGCCCGGGAUGCGCGCGGCGGUGCAGGUGCGUCCCCGCUGCCCAGGUGCCCGCCGUGACCGCGCCUCCCGCCCCCGCGCCCCGGCGCCCUAUAUGUGGACCGCCCGGGCAUGGGGCGGCCCCGAGGCGGCCGGCGAUGGAGCUGGAAGAGCGGCGCGCGCUGGGCCUGCUGGCCGCCCUGCUGGCCCUGCUGGGCUGCCUGGUCUUCGCGCUGCUUCAGGGCAGGGUCAAGACCUACGGGCGCCACGGGUCGCGCCGGGGCCCCUGGGUGCUGCCCGCGCGCCUCUCCUGGGUCCUGCAGGAGCUGCCCUCGCUGCUCGCGCCCCUCGCCUGCGCCUGCUCCCCCGCCGGCCGCCUGCACCACUGGCCCAACCGCCUGCUCCUGGCCAUGUUCGUCCUGCACUACGCGCACCGGUCCCUGGUCUUCCCGCUGCUGAUCCGAGGAGGCAAGCCCGUCCCGCUCGAAAUCUUCCUGGGGGCUGCUCUGUUCUGCGCCUUUAACGGCUACCUGCAGGGCAGGUACCUGAGCACGUACGCCGUGUACCCCGACGACUGGCUCACCGACCCCCGCUUCCUCCUGGGCUCCGUCCUGUGGCUCGUGGGCCUGCUGAUAAACGUCCACUCGGACCAUAUCCUGAGAAGCCUCCGGAAACCGGGGGACACGGGCUACCAGAUCCCGCGCGGAGGCCUUUUUGAGCACGUCAGCGCGGCCAACUUCUUCGGAGAGCUGGUGGAGUGGGCCGGCUACGCGCUGGCCAGCUGGUCCCUGCAGGCUGGCGCCUUCGCCUUCUUCUCCUUCUGCUUCCUGUUCCCCAGGGCCAAGCAGCACCACCGGUGGUACCUGGAGAAAUUUGAAGACUACCCGAAGUCCAGGAGGAUCUUAAUUCCCUUCCUGCUGUGAGCCCGGCCCGGAGGGUCAGACAGACGCUCCCACCCGCUGCUCCCUCUGCCGGCCCGCCCCCACCUGGGCCCCCGCACGGCGCUGGGGAGGGCUGUGCCCACUGCCCUGUGAGCUCAGGCCUGCUGGGGCCAGAGCAGAGGCUGCAGGGUGGGGACAGGGAGCCCCCGGGAUCUGUCCCCAGCGGGGGGGACUCCAGCCCCCACCACCGUCUCAGGUCCCAGCGCUUCUUCCUUGGGUUCUGCCUCUGGAGACACGCCGGAACCUUCCAUGCUUGUCCCCUCACAGCAGGUCGGAGCCGUGAGGCGGCCUCUGCCUGCAGCUGGCCCCGGUGCUGCCUCAGUGUCCCCCUCCACACAGUGUAGACGCGGGCUCGUGGCAAACCCCGCCCCCCUCCCGCCCCCACCAGGCCGGCCUUGGCCAGGGGAAGAACCAAACGGGCAGAGGGGACGAAAUGGGGUCUUGGCUUUUGAAACAUCGAAAGGAGAAAAGUCCUCAGCUGGGAGACCACAGCCCCCUGCCCGGCUCCCCGGCCAGCAGCGGCACAGCCCCGGGUGGCCUGGCACGGGUGGCUGCAGAACCUUCCAGAACAGGCCUGCACUGGGGCGCCCAGGCCCGCUGAGGACCAGUGUGGGUGUGGCCCCGCGAGUGACGGGGUCCCCAGGACCCUGCAGCAGUGACAGCCUCGUCUCCUUGGGGACCCCCGAGCUGUGCAGGAGCAGGCGGGCCGCGCCCCGGGCAGGGGUUAAGGUCAAGGUCGCAGCUGUGCCCCUCGGUGCUGUCCUGGGUCACCCCCAGGCUGAGGCGAAUAAAGUCCCUCUCCAGAGUC